CGUCUCAAAUUGGUACCGGUGUGUGAUUGUGCUUGUGAGUGAUAUAUGAAGGAAUUUGUUUUUAUUCGACUGUAUCAAUAAAAUGAGGUGUUAAACAUGGACUCGCCAUCAUCUCAAGACAACGACAUCGAAGUCAACGUGGUAUCGGGUGCCAGCAGCCCAGAUAUCCCGUCAUCUCCCUCCAGAAAAGAUCAGAAGUCUCCCUUCUACGACCUGAAGAAGGAUGAAAAGGCCACAGGCAGUGCGCCGUAUACAAGUUUCUCAAUAAGUUCGAUAUUAAAUAGAGCUGAACCACGAAGAGACUCGAAUGUAUUGGAGGCAGCAAUCGCUGCUAAUCAUUUUGGAAAUGCGAAUGAUGCAAUGCUGUCUAGAUUGGGUCUUAUAUCUCAAUGGAGUGCGCUAGCUGGCAGGUAUGGUGGUCUUGUCCCAGCUCCUUGGUAUUGGCAGAGGCCCCACGAACGGACGCCACCUAGAGAAGACUCAACAAUGAACGAGGAUGGUUCUGCCGGGGGUUCCCCUCGAACUCGCAGUCCACCAAGAGCACCUUCUCCUCCAUCCCCAUCCCGUUCUUCACCUCGCUCCCCACGACUUCACCCCGCAUUAUACCAGCAACAACCAGAUCCCCAAGACUCUGAUCCCGAUAUAGACGAGAGCGACGACUUCGACAAAGAUGAAAAGCGAGAUCCAAACACAAAUCUCGGUAAACGGAAGAAGAAAACUCGCACCGUCUUCUCUCGAUCGCAGGUAUUCCAACUAGAAUCGACUUUCGACAUGAAAAGGUACCUAAGUAGUUCAGAACGCGCUGGAUUAGCAGCGAGUCUACACCUAACAGAGACACAGGUGAAGAUCUGGUUCCAAAACCGCCGGAACAAAUGGAAAAGGCAGCUAGCCGCGGAAUUAGAGGCUGCUAAUAUGGCGCACGCUGCGCAGAGAUUAGUACGUGUGCCAAUUUUGUAUCACGAAUCGAGGCCAGCGACAAUGCCGCAUACCCCCCUGCCAUUGCACCCUCAAUUCUCGAGUGAAUCUGGGGUAUAUUUCCCACCUCAGGCCCCGCAGCAGAUGCAGCCAUUACCGGUGUCUCCAGUCACUUCUAGAGCGCCGUUAUCCAGUUUAGUGUAGUGUCCGCUUGACGCCGCGAGGGACGCGGCGAAUGGACAGUACUAACUAGUCAUAUUAUGUGUUGUGAGUGUUGGAGUUAGGUUGGUUGUGUUAUACGGGCAAUAUUGCAGUUCCCGAGUUGGCAACUCUGUUGUGGCAAUUAAAGCAAAAUGUUUUAAUUAGUUCCUCUUCCAAUUCGUAGGCGAACAAUCUAUGAACAUUAUUGCUUAUAAAACAAUUGCGAGGUCAAUAAUAACUUUAUAAAGAGGAUUUGUAUUCUCUUGUCAUGAAUGUAUGUAUAAGUAGAGUUUACACGAACAGUCCCAGGAAGCUUUAGAUCAACUUGCCCGUACAACACAAAG